AAACGGUGACGUGUUUGCAUUUAUUAUUCAUAAAUCGCCGCUCUUCCCUCCUUCUGAAUCUCCUCCCCCCCUCUCUCUCUCUCUGACUCUCUGUAACUUUCUUCACAGCUAGGGUUCCUUUCUCUUUACUUCAAAACCAAAGCGGAGAGGGCUGCGCUGAAAAAUCACAUGAGUCAAUUAGCCCCAAGAUUUGCCGCGGAUGAUAUCCACGCCUGUAAAUCUUUAUCCUCAUGUGGCUAGAAUUGACAAUGGAGAUAAAUAUGACGUGGUUGAUGCAGAUGCAGAAGCGAUGAUUCGAUUUUAAAGGGAAUCAUCCAAUUUUAAUUGCUUGGAAAAAAUGGGUUUUUUAUGCAUUUCAAGCUGAUGGGUUGAAUCAUUCUAGUGUUAGUUUGGAAUGGCAAUCGCUGGUCUACACAAUAUUUCUGUGCUUGAUUCUUCUUUCCUCAGGGACUCUCAUUCUCAAAUAUCAGGGCAGCAAGGUGAUGAAAGGAGUGUCAGUACCCAGGCAUCCUCGCUUUUGCAGAUGUGGAGGGAGCUUGAGGAUGAGCACGUGGUGGGGCGCCAGCAAGAGAGAGUUGUCCCACAGAGGAGUGAUAGGUUGAUUGCUGACUUCUCAAGGGGACAUGGUUCUGAUACCGAUAGUAAUGAGCGGAGGGGUGGUUGGGAACUCACGAGCCUGACCGAUAGUGAGUGUGGAACAUGGUCACAAAUGCAGAUUGGUUCACAGAAUGAACCCAUGGAUUCAAGCAAUUUUAACUGUGAACAUUCGUCUGAUUUUGGGGAAGUUGAAAGGGAGAGGGUGAGGCAGAUUUUUCGGGAAUGGACAAAUAGUGGUGUGAGGGAACGUGCAUCAAAUGUUUCCCAUAUCAGCAACAGCCCAAGAGCGGAAUGGUUAGGUGAAACUGAGCAGGAGAGAGUGAGAGUCAUAAGGGAGUGGGUACAACUCAAUAGCCGGCAGAGGGGUGCCUUGACUGACAGUAGAGAAGAACAAACUGCUGAUAUUGGUUCUCAAAUGGAACGAAUUCGAGAAGGAUUGGUUGUUAACCAGAGUGAAGGAAGAAAUGAGCAUAUCCGGAGGGGCAUUCGAAGAUUAUGUGGCCGACAGGCUCUGCUUGAUAUGAUAAAGAAGGCUGAGAGGGAAAGGCAAAGUGAACUUCAAGGUUUGUUGCAGCAUCGAGCUGUAUCGCAAUUUGCUCAUCGGAACCGCAUUCAGUCAUUACUUAGAGGCAGGUUUUUGCGAAAUGACCGAUUGGUUGAUAAUGACAGACCUGCUUCCCUGGCAGAAAGUGAACUAGGUUUACUGAGGCAAAGACAAACUGUAUCUGGUCUGAGGGAAGGAUUUUGCUCCAGAUUGGACACUUCUGUAUCUGGUCAAGUAAGCGGCAACCACUCUGAUACCUCAACUAACAAUGAAAUUAAUGGCGAUGGAAACGAUCAACCUCAAGCAAACAAUUUACAGGCUGUUCAAGAUGAACCUAGUGAACAAUCUGAACCUCGUUAUGAGGAAAAUUAUGGUAGGAAUGAUUUAGGAGAUGAUGCUGUUGAAGAUAUUGGAAGGCAAGGAUCCAGUGCUCAUGAAGAAGAUUGCCAGGAACAGCUUUCAGAGAAUGAUGUAUUCAUUCAAAGGGGAGAUGGUACCGAUCAAAGCUUGAAUGGAAACUCCCAGGAAAACAUUGCCAGUGAGCAGGUAGAGACAUUGCUGAAUGGAUCAGGAGAACAUAAUAAUGUGCAAGAAGCUGGUGAAGAAAUCAGUGGACAAUCUGAGCGAAUUGUUGAGGAAAGUUAUACCCUUGGGUCGUCAGAUCAUACUGAGAAUUAUGAUAUAAUUUGGCCAGAAUCUGCUGCUCAGAUGGAACAGUUGCCAGAACACAUUAUGGAAACCGAGGAAAGAGACUCACAACAAGUUAAUGUUGAAUAUCAUGAAUGGAGGGAUGGCAUUAGAGAAGUUGUUGAUGAAAACUGGUUGGGAAUCACUUCUAACCACCAAGAAUUGGGGAAUGAAGAUAUGGAACAGGCUCAACUGCAACAAGCCCUAGAAGAGUGGCACGAGGAUAAUGGUUUUCAGGAGGCGGUGCAGCAUUGGUUAGAAGGGCCUUCUGGUAGCGAAGCUGUUCCGGAUCGCAGGGUUGAUACAGUUUACUUUCCCGAUGACGAUAAUGUUUACAGUGUGGAACUGAGAGAACUUCUAAACAGGAGAAGAGUUUCUAAUCUUCUUCACAGUGGGUUCCGUGAGAGUCUUGACCAAUUGAUCCAAUCAUAUCUGGAAAGAAGGGAAAGUAAUGAUGCUAUUGACUGGGAACUGCCUGGAACAUCACCCUCUCAUGUGUCAGAUGAACAAGAUCCAGAGCAUCAAAGUGGUGAUCAGAAUGAUGGUCAGAGGGAUGCUGUUGAGAGUCCUCCGCUUGCUCUACUGUUACCAGCGCCACCUUCUCAGCCACUCUACUAUCUGGAGUCGCAGCAUGACAACUGGCCACAUCAUGACAUGCAUCAACGUCCAGGAAUUGAGUGGGAUAUCGUUAAUGAUCUGCGGAUUGACAUGGCUAGGCUACAGCAGAGGAUGAAUAACAUGCAGAGGAUGUUGGAGGCCUGCAUGGAUAUGCAACUUGAGUUGCAACGCUCAAUACAACAAGAAGUAUCUGCUGCCCUGAAUCAUUCUCCUCCUAUUAUAGGAGUUUCUGUGGAUGGUCUUUUUAAAGAUGAACCUCAAUGGGAUUAUGUGAGGAAAGGAAUAUGUUGUAUAUGUUGUGAAUGCAAUAUUGAUUCUUUACUGUACAGAUGUGGACACAUGUGCACAUGUUCAAAAUGUGCAAAUGAGUUGGUCCAAAGUACUGGAAAGUGUCCAAUGUGUCGGGCACCGGUAGUUGAGGUGAUCCGUGCUUACUCUAUUUCAUGAACGGAAGAGUAAUCAAGAAAGAAAACUUUGAUUAACAAAAUAUAGAUUUUCCAUUUCAGUUCUUGCUCCUGGACCACUCCAGGUACUUUUUUUUUUUUUUCUUUUAAUUUUAAUCUUGUUUUUCUGUAUUCUUGGUGGGUUAUUGCCACACAUACUGAGUGUAUGAUUGAAAAAACGCUUGGUGUCUUUGAUUAAUUAUUCUGACCAUAAUGAAAUUGCUUAGCAGAAAACUUCAAAUCUACUUGGAAAUUUUAUUAGAAGGUGACAAUAGUUGUCAUUGGUGGUGGCAUCUUAUAUCAUGCUGACCAGAAAUGAGAUCUAUUUCACACCCCGUGUAAAAGGAUGUUUGUGAUAUUUCAAUUUCUUGUGCUGCCUGAUCAAAGAUGUUGCAGUGCUGCAAGUUGUGUUUGCAGUUGUGGAAUUUGUCAGACUUUCUACCACUAAAUUCUGUGGAAGAAAGGGAAAAAAGGUCAAUUAUUCCAUUUUCCUCGAAUGAACCUUCUGAUAUGAUGAUGCACAAAACAAUGGGCUACUUUCUAAUGGUCCACAACGCAGCUUUCUGGUCUCAAGUGGAUAGUAGAACUGAAGUACUAGUUUGACAGGGUGAUCAGAAAAGGCAGAAAGCUACAGAUCGGGUUUUCUUCGACAGAGGCUUUUGUUACCUGAUGUUUUUGCACCUCAUCAUUGAACCUUUGCAGAACCAUUCAGAAUGCAGGAUUUUUGGUCGCUAUAUUUUCACAUUUGACUAAUUUUAUUCCACCCUUUGUUAAGUGGGAGGAGAAUAGAAGUCAAUUAGAAAUGUGCCUUAUGUUUGAGUUUUUUCAACGUUGGGUGUAGGCAAAACCCAAAACCCUGAUGCAUUUAGGAUGUUAACAUCACAUUUCUAAAACAUUCAAGAGUUUCUAAUUUGCAGCCGCAGGUAUAGAUUUUAUAGCAGAAAUAUGUGUGAAAAUAGUUAUGGCUA